ACGCUGGUCCAUGAGGCCCCGCCCCGCCUGCAUCCGCACCUCUGUCAGACGCGUAGAUUGGCGUGCUGAGAUGUCGCUUUCCGCAAUGAGGACUGAUGGAAUUUAUUCUUAAGUCAAACUAAAGAGGGAAAAACAUGUCCGAAGUAAGAAAAUUCACAAAAAGGUUGAGCAAACCUGGAACGGCUGCGGAGCUCAGACAAAGUGUGUCGGAGGCGGUGAGGACGUCCAUUGCUGUGGAGCAGCCGAAGAUCAUCGAGCCACUGGACUAUGAGAAUGUGGUGUUCCAGAGGAAAGCUCAGAUCCACAGUGAUCCACAGAGAGACCUGCUGGUGUGGCCAGCUGAUGAUGUAUCAGAAGCACAGAUUCAACGUCAAAGGAGGACCAUUGUUCCCUCAGUUCCUCAAAAUGCUGAGAAAGAAGCAAAAAGCCUGUUUGCCAAAGAGUGCAUUAAGAUGUACAACACCAACUGGCACGUCAUCAACUAUAAUUACGAGGCCUUCUCUGGAGACUUCCGGACACUGCCCUGUAAAGGCAUGAAGAUGGAAAAGCUUCCCAACCAAGUGUUUGAGGUGGAUGAAGGGGAGGAGGAUUCAUCAUCUCUUUGCUCUCAGAGAGGAGGUGUAAUGAAGCAGGGCUGGCUGCAGAAGGCCAACAUCAACAGCAGUCUGUCUGUCUCCAUGAAGGUGUUCAAGAGGAGGUAUUUCUACCUGUCUCAGCUCCCUGAUGGCUCCUACAUACUGAAUUCAUAUAAAGAUGAGAAAAACUACAAAGAAUCAAAAGGCUCCAUCUAUCUGGACUCUUGUAUAGAUGUAGUUCCGUGUCCUAAGAUGAAGCGUAACAGCUUUGAGCUGAAGAUGCAGGACCGUUACAGUCACUAUCUGGCGGCGGACAGCGAGGCUGAGAUGGAGGAGUGGGUGAAUACGCUGAAACAGGGUUUACUGAGCAUGUUGGAUGACAGGAGGAACGGAUCAGAACCUUCUGAAGGUUCUCUGGAUGACGACAGCAGUAGCCAGGGGAGACCAGAGAACAUUGCAGAGAGCUUUGGCCGGAGUCUUCAUCCAGAGCUAAUGAAGUAUGCCAGAGAAACCGACCAGCUGAAUAAAAUGAGCAGGAAUGAAAGUCGGCAGAAGAUCUUCACCCUCGAUCCUGAGAUGCAGAGAUUAGAUUUCUCAGGCAUCGAGCCUGACGUGAAGCCAUUUGAAGAGAGAUUUGGCCGAAGAAUCAUGGUUAGCUGUCACGACUUGACCUUCAGCCUGCAAGGAUGUGUCAGUGAGAAGAAUGAUGGCAUCCUAACCAACGUAGAGCCAUUCUUCAUCAGCCUAGCGUUGUUUGAUCUGUCCAAAGGAUGUAAGAUCUCUGCAGACUUUCACGUUGACCUCAAUCCACCCUGUGUGAGGGAAAUGCUUCAAGAAGGUUCUCCUGGGACGCCAAAAGAACCAGAAGGAGGAGAUGGAAAUGAAACAGUCAGGGUAAACGGACACGGUCUGCCGGUUCUCCAGAGGGUCGCGGAGUCUCUUAUACGCUUCCCCUCUCAGGGUAUUUUCUCCGUUACCAACCCCCACACAGACAUCUUCCUGCUGGCACGGGUGGAAAAGGUCUUACAGAAUGGCAUCACCCAUUGCACUGAGCCCUACAUUAAGACCUCUGACAUCAGCAAGACAGUGCAGAAAGUCCUGAAGACUGCCAAGCAGACGUGCCAACGGCUGGGCCAGUACCGGAUGCCCUUCGCUUGGGCUGCCAAACAGGUGUUCAAAGAUUACCAAGGCAGUUUAGACAUUGAGGGGAAGUUCUCUCCACUCUACCGCCAAGACAGUAGCAAGAUAUCCACUGAAGACCUUAUCAAACUGCUGACAGAUCUCAAAAAACCAGAGAAGAACAAACUGCAGAUAAUCCCUGGACAAAUUAACAUCACUGUUGAGUGCGUGCCUCCAGACUUGUCAAACUCUGUCACAUCAUCUUAUAUUCCUGUGAAGCCGUUUGAGGAGCAGUGUGAGAGGGUGUCCGUGGAAGUGGAGGAGUUUGUCCCAGAAGAGGCCAGAUACAACCACCCAUUCACCAUCUACAAGAACCAUCUCUAUGUCUAUCCUCAGCAGCUAAAAUACGACAAUCAGAAGACAUUUGCCAAGGCUCGAAACAUUGCAGUUUGUGUUCAGUUCAAGGAUUCUGAUGAUGAAGGAGCCGCCCCAUUGAAGUGCAUCUAUGGCAAGCCAGGGGUUCCACUUUAUACCACCAGUGCUUUUGCUGCAGUUUUGCAUCACAAUCAGUGUCCAGAGUUUUAUGAUGAGAUUAAAAUCGAGCUUCCUGUUCAUGUCCAUGAGAAGCAUCACAUUCUAUUUACUUUCAACCACAUAAGCUGUGAGGUUGGCAACAAAACCCCCACCAAGAAACGGGAUGGAGUGGAAACACUGGUGGGUUAUUCCUGGACUCCUUUAUUGAAGGAUGGCAGAAUACAGUCCUCAGAACUACAGCUUCCGGUGUCUGCUAAUCUACCAGCUGGGUACAUAUAUGACAAAGGCCAAGACUCAAAAAAGUCUUCCCCAGACAUCAAAUGGGUGGAGAAUGCCAAACCAUUAUUUAGAGUCCGAGCGUAUGUAGCAUCAACAAUUUACACUCAGGAUUUGCACCUCCACAAUUUCUUCCAGUAUAGCCAGCUGAUGAGGUCAACAUCACAGGGCAAUCCCGCUGAACUCAUCAAGUACCUAAAGUGCCUACAUGCAGUAGAGACUCAGGUCAGCAUCAAGUUUCUGCCUACGGUGCUCGUUCAGCUCUUUGAGAUCCUCACGAUGGCAAGCAAAGAGAGUCGAGAUAUUGCUGUAAACUCCACACGGGUAAUCAUUCACAUAGUGUCUCAGUGUCAUGAGGAGGGACUGGAGCACUACUUGCGCGCUUUUCUGAAGUACGUGUUUCGGAUCAACAACGCAACUUCAGAAAACUCGGUGACGACACAUGAAGUUUUGGCUACAGCAGUGACUGUCAUCCUCAAACAAACUGCAGACUUCAACACCUGCAACAAACUCCUCAAGUAUUCCUGGUUCUUCUUUGAGACCAUGGCCAAGUCAAUGGCACAAUACCUCCAGAAUGGUAACAGAAUGAAAAUGCCUCGAGCGCAGAGGUUUCCAGAAUCAUUCCACCAAGCACUGCAGUCCCUGUUGUUGUCGAUCAUGCCUCACAUCACUAUACGCUAUGUGGAGAUCCCAGAGGAGGCCCGCUGCGUCAACUUUAGCCUGGCCUGCUUCAUCAAGCGCUGCCUUACGUUCAUGAACCGAGGAUUUGCUUUCAGUUUGAUAAAUGACUACAUGUGUGGCUACAGCCUGAAAGAUCCAAAGGCACUUACAGAGAUGAAGUUUGAUUUCCUCAUGACGGUGUGCAACCACGAGCACUACAUUCCUCUAAACCUGCCCAUGGCGUUCGGCCGAACCAAGUUGCAGCGAGUCCAAGAUCAGAGUUUGGAGUACAGCCUGACCGAGGAUUAUUGCAAAAACCAUUUCCUGGUGGGUCUGCUUCUGCGAGAGGUUGCCGAUGGACUCCAGGGCUGCCCAGAGAUCAGACAGCUGGCUGUGGCUGCACUCAAGAACCUCAUGAUCAAACAUGCCAUGGACGACAGAUACAAUGCUUUUAAGAACCAUCAGGCCCGCAUCUGUCUGCUGUACCUGCCACUCUUUGAGCUACUCUACCAGAACCUGAGCCACAUGAACAGCCCAGGGCAACUCUGCAGAAAUGGCCUCGGCUUCAUGUACCGGGAUGAUUUGUCAGUGGACAGCCGCAGAAGCAGCACAAUCAUUGAUAAGGAACCUACCGGCGUCAUCACUCAGAAUGGACAUGUUAGGAAAGGGGAGUCCAGAGGCUCUAUGUAUGGAGAUCCUGGCACUCCAGACGUCAAUGAGUUACACAGGCGCGGUUCCACUAUGAGCAAUGUACCCGCCACUGGCCGUUUGGGGCAGUAUGAGAUCAGAGGGCUGCUUCUGUGUUUCCUGCAUAUUGUAAGAACUUUGUCAGAUGACACACUGAUGGCCUACUGGUCUAAAGUCAAUCCACAAGACGUCAUGAACUUCCUCAGUCUGCUUGAGAUCUGCAUAGUCCAGUUCCGUUAUGUGGGCAAGCGAAACAUCAGCCGAAGCCAGGAACCCUGGGUGUCGAAACUCUUCUCAUCUGACAGGAAGUCUCAGACCAUGCCGGUGCUGCGAGGUCGAGGAAGCCUAAUGCAAGCAAAGCUGCAGCAGUUCAGCACUAUGGACACCUCAUUAACCCUGAACAUGGCUGGAGGUCCUACAGAAGCAGAGACAAACCAUCAGUCUUUGCUUGAGGGGAAUAUGUCGACAGAGGCCUGCCUUACUGUGCUGGAUGUCCUCUCACUCUUCACUCAGUGCUUCAAGAAUCAACUGCUGGACAGUGAUGGUCACAAUGCUCUGAUGACGAAGGUCUUUGACACGUACCUCACUUUAUUAAAAGCCGGACAAUCAGAAACAGCAAUCAAACACAUCUUUGCCUCUCUGCGAGCCUUUAUCAUCAAGUUCCAGGUUCCCCUUUUUAAGGGCCGUGUAACUCUGUGUGGUUCGCUGUGUUAUGAAGUCUUGAAGUGCUGCAUGUCUAAACUAAGUGUCCUACGUGGGGAAGCGUCUGCCCUUCUUUACUUGCUCAUGAGGAACAAUUUUGAGUACACCAAGAGGAAAAGCUUCCUGCGCAUGCACUUACAGAUCAUCAUCGCUGUGAGCCAGCUUAUCGCUGAUGUGGCGCUGACAGGCAGCUCACGUUUCCAGGAGUCACUGUCCAUCAUCAACAACUUUGCCAACAGUGAUAAAGCCAUGAAGACCACAACGUUUCCAUCUGAAGUGAAGUGUCUGACGAUGAGAAUUCGUACGGUUUUGAUGGCCACUGCUCAGAUGCGUGAGCACGAAAAAGACCCAGAAAUGCUGCUCGACCUUCAGUACAGUCUCGCCCAAUCGUACGCCAGCACUCCGGAGCUCAGGCGGACAUGGCUGGACAGCAUGGCACGAGCACACAGCAAGAAUGGAGACUUUUCGGAGGCUGCUAUGUGUAAUGUUCAUGUUGCUGCAUUGGUGGCAGAGUAUUUGCACAGGAAAAAGCAGUUCCCAAGUGGACUGGCAGCUUUUAAGAAAACCACCCACAACAUUGAUGAAGAAGGAGCAAUGAAAGAAGACGUAGGGAUGCAAGAUGUGUACUACACUGAGGAUGUCCUGGUUGAGCAGUUGGAGGUAUGUGUUGAGGGUCUGUGGAAAGCCGAGAGGUUUGAGCUCAUAACACACAUUGCGAGACUCAUCAUUCCCAUUUACGAGAAACGGCACAAGUUUGAGAAACUGAGGCGAUUGUAUGACACACUGCAGCGAGCUUAUGCGAAGAUAUUAGAGGUGAUGCAGUCUGGCCGACGUCUGCUGGGGACUUACUUUAGAGUCGCCUUUUAUGGGCAGGGCUUCUUUGAAGAAGAGGAUGGAAAAGAAUACAUCUACAAAGAGCCAAAGCUAACAGGUCUGCCUGAAAUUUCCCUUCGCCUGAUAAGUCUCUACGGAGAAAAGUUUGGAGCAGAGAAUGUCAAAAUCAUCCAAGACUCCAACAAAGUUAACCAGAAAGAUCUAGACCCAAAGUUUGCCUACAUUCAGGUCACAUUUGUCAAGCCCUACUUUGAUGAGAAAGAACUGGCAGAGAGGAAGACAGACUUUGAGAAAUGCCACAACAUCCAGCGUUUUGUCUUCGAGACUCCAUUCACACUAACGGGGAAGAAACAAGGUGUGGUUGAGGAACAGUGCAAGCGGCGAACGAUACUUACCACGGCCAACUCAUUUCCCUAUGUAAAGAAGCGCAUCGAGGUAGUGGGAGAAAAGCACUUGGAGCUGAAACCGAUUGAUGUCGCAAUAGAUGAGAUGAAAGAGAGGAGUGCUGAACUCACUAAGCUCUGCUCUAAUCAGGAGGUUAACAUGAUCACACUUCAGCUCAAACUCCAAGGUUGUGUUAGUGUGCAGGUGAAUGCAGGUCCGAUGGCCUAUGCCCGAGCUUUCCUAGAUGAAUCUAAAUCUGGUCAGUCCAGUAAGAAAGUAAAGGAGCUCAAGGAAAUAUUCAGGCAAUUUGUCAAUGCAUGCAGCAUGGCUCUGGAGAUUAAUGAGAGACUCAUUAAGGAGGAUCAGUACGAAUAUCAUGAGGGACUAAAGACUAACUUCAAAAGCAUGGUGAAAGAACUUUCUGAUAUCAUCCACGAGCAGAUCUUCCAGGAGGAUAUGAUGCGUUCCCUGCUGCAGAACUCUCUUCACGUGUUCCGUGCUAUCAGUGGAACCUCCACUGACCUGAGCUAGAACCUGACGGUUGCUCCUGAUUGUUCUGGAUUAUCAGCUCUUUUCACAACUGAAUGUACAAAUCAAGAUUCUAGGCCUUCAGCAAGCAUCUCUUCAGGCUACGAGAAUGCCAGCAUUUUCCGUGCCAUGUUUUUUACUUAUUGUGUACAGCAAGUUUGUGUACAUACUGCUUUUACAGUUCAUUUUAAAGCCAUCAUGAAGUCCAAAGUGACCCAAUUUAUUUUCUUAAUUCACAUUCCUGGGCUUAUCAUGUUUGCAGCAUUGUUGCUUUUAGGCCGCCUUAUUUUUCAACUCUUACUCACUUACCAUUAUUUCCACCAGAUAAGAAAAAAAGUCAUGCUUUCUUAAAUCAUAAUUAUGACACAAGUCAAAAUUAUAAUAUGCCAAGUCAUUUUGAUGAUAUAAAAUGUCAAUUAUGACAUAAGUCAUUAUUGUGAGAUAAAAGUACAAAA